AUGGUCACUCAACAAAUAAUUCAAGACAAACUUCGCGCUGCAAUUCCUGACUUGUGCAAUGUCAUUGUAACCGAUACCUCUAACGGAUGUGGUCAGUCAUUCGACAUCGCAGUUGUCACGGAUGCGUUUGCGGGGAAAAACAAGCUUCAAAGGUGUCGAAUGGUUAACAAGAUCCUUCAGGAAGAAGUGGCACAGAUCCAUGCUUUUGGAUGUAAAUGCUUUACGGUUGACGAAUGGUCCAAACUGGUGGCAUGA